CAACCGACGCGCCAUCUGUCCGCCCGCGAGAGCAAUCGUCUGUGCCCGUCCCUGGUCGCGAGUUGCGUGAGCGAGCAAUCCCUGCUGCUUGGCGCGGCGCAGCGAGCGAGCAGUGACGGUCGCCGCCGGUGUAUCUGGUGUAUCCCUCGACGGUCCGCGCUGCAUUCCGAACGACGACCAAGCGGCGUUCAUGCGGACGUUUCCCAACACCAACGCUACAACCGGAUACUUUGAUCGGCCGUGCGUCCCGCCCACGCCCAGUGCGCGCCCAGUGGCUCCGAAUUCGACGUCGCCCGAGCUUCCGCCAUUGCACCGGAGACGUCGACCGAGUGAGCGCCGGGUGCUUUCCGUCUCACCGCUGCUGAGCAGCAUCGCUCAGGCAGUGUGAGCUCCCAGGAGCACUUGUCGCAUCGUCGAGCUGUGGUCCAGGGCAGAACUGGAUAAUCCAGCAUACAAGUGGCUCUAGCCCAUGCGAGCAGCAUGGAGGGCUCCGAAGACUCCAAGAGGCCCGGCGGGACUCGGGUGUUCAAGAAGAGCUCUCCCAAUUCGAAGAUCACAAUGUACUUGGGGAAGCGGGACUUUGUGGACCACAUCACCAGUGUUGACCCCAUUGACGGUGUGGUGCUGAUCGAUCCCGACUAUGUGAAAGACCGGAAGGUGUUUGGACAUGUGCUGGCGGCCUUUCGGUACGGUCGUGAGGACCUGGAUGUGCUGGGCUUGACCUUUCGCAAGGAUCUGUACCUGGCUUCAGAGCAGAUCUAUCCGAGACUUACCACUGGAGAAAACAGUAACCGUCCCCUUACACGACUCCAGGAACGCCUCCUCCGCAAGCUGGGCCCCAACGCGCACCCCUUCUACUUUGAGUUGCCGCCACACUGUCCUGCCUCGGUAACCCUUCAGCCUGCUCCUGGGGACACGGGCAAGCCCUGCGGUGUCGACUACGAGCUCAAGGGCUACGUUGCAGACAGCGUCGAGGAGAAGGCGCACAAGAGAAACUCGGUGCGCCUGGCCAUCCGCAAGAUCAUGUAUGCUCCCAGUCGCCAGGGGGAGCAACCCAGCGUGGAGGUGAGCAAGGAGUUUGUCAUGUCUCCCAACAAGCUCCACCUGGAGGCCUCCCUGGACAAGGAGCUGUACCACCACGGCGAGGACAUUGCCGUCAACGUCCACAUUGCCAACAACUCCAAUCGGACCGUCAAAAAGGUCAAGGUCUCGGUGCGGCAGUUUGCCGAUAUCUGCCUGUUCUCCACGGCUCAAUACAAGUGCACCGUUGCCGAGAUAGACUCCGAGGAGGGCUGCCCCGUGAGCCCGGGCUUCACCCUGUCCAAGGUGCACUACUUGCGCCCUCUGCUGGCCAACAACAAGGACAAGCGGGGGCUGGCCCUGGAUGGCCAGCUCAAGCACGAGGACACCAACCUCGCUUCGUCCACCAUCAUCACAGAUCCGUCGCAGAAGGAGAAUCUAGGCAUCAUUGUGCAGUACAAGGUCAAGGUGAAGCUGUGCUUGGGGCCGCUCGGAGGGGACCUCGUGGCGGAGCUGCCCUUCAUCCUGAUGCAUCCCAAGCCCGAGGAGCAGAGCCCUACCCUUGCUCGGGCGCUAGUUCCCAGGGCCGGGGGACAGGAGGGCGACGAGGCGGGAGACUCUGCGGACUCGGGGGCCCUGGACACCAAUCUGAUCCAGCUGGACACGGACGCCUCGGGCUGCUUCGAGGACGACGACAUCAUCUUCGAGGACUUUGCUCGCCUGCGGCUCCGUGGCGAGACGGAUGCCUAGAGGGGACCGCGAGGCAAGCAGUGCCGUCCGCCCCCCCCGGGUCCCCCCUCCGUCCUGGGGGGUGAGGUCUCAGGGCACCGUGCGCAUCCCAGUUGCUAUGCAUGCCGGCAGCCUGCUCAAGUGCCAAAACUCCGUUGUGGAAACGAGCUUAGCAAGCGUGCUGGCCGCUCGGGGCAGCUGUCCCCCUCCCCCUUGUCCCCGCCCGUCCAGUCCGACGAUCUGGCCGACACUCGGGGGUGCGAAGCUGGAGCAGAGAAUGAGCCCAGGUCAUCCGAUGCGAUCGAGCAUAUGGGGCGUCCCAACGAGAGCGCAAGGCUUAAUUUCGAGAUAAAGUGCUUCAUUUAUUCGGAAAGUGCUUAUUUUUAUUUCGGUUAAGGCACCAUUGCCACGGUCCUUUGAUGAACUACUUAUUCGUCUGGAAACUUUGGCAGUUUUCGCCCUAGUAAAUCUUGCAGCCAUGAGUAGGGUUAACCCAUGUAGGAAGGAAGAUAAAAAGGAGAGAAAAAUAUUGCUUGUCCUGUAUACUUCUUGUCUUUGUCUUUUUUUGCACUAUUUUAUAUGUUUAACUAAGAUGAACCAACUAGCCCAACAACGUACCCCACUAAAGAAAAAUAUCUGUACUCCGUUCACCCUUAAGCUGACAACGCAGUGAAGCUACAUGCUUGCUGGAGUAGUCUUGCGUCUAUCUCUUGCAAUAUGAUCACGGUCCUCCCCAUACCCAUGUGCAGAGAGCCGGGUCGGGUGACGAGAGGGAGGCAGUUGAUAGAUUGGUUUGGUGAGCACGUAGCUCUCGCUGCAUUGUCAGCUUUGGGGUGGUUGGAGUAUAAAUGUUUAGCAAAAGAAUCUCGAAAAAUAUUUGUAAUCUUUUUAAAGCAGAUGUAGUUCCCGUCGCAAAGCUUUCAAAUUAUUCCGAAAGAUUGUGACCCCUAGGUCUCGAGUGUAGACGGAGUUUUCAAUCUUUGUAUCUUUUCGACCAGUCUUUUGGGGUUUCAUGAAAGGGUACACCCAUCCUGCGACUUUCUCCGCAGUGGCUUCUUGAUACCUACGUCCAUCCGUUAGGUUUUCCGAGCAAUCCAAUUGGUUUACUCGUGCGUGCCUCGAUUCGUUUCUAGAAAAAAAAUUUCCCAUGGUGUGACAAAAAGGUUGCAGGCCAGGUAUUGUAACUAUCAUAGUUUCAAUAAAUUGCAAAAAAAGUAACACCAAAUUUGAAAAAGUGACCUAAAGAAUAAAUAGGACUCGAAAGUAUAAGAUAAUAUGGUGAAGAAUACAAGCUGCAACAGUCCUUUGUUCUUUGGCAUCGCUGGUGAUUUAUAAGCAGGCUUUGGUUCAAACUAAUUAAUGGAACGCGAAGCUCGGUUCUCAUUCUUUCAACUCUAUGGCAAAGCAAACAACUUGGUUGUUUUGCUCGCAGCCUGACAAAGUGCCAUGGGACAUGUGUCGGACGUUGUGUUCCACAAACAGUGUGCACUUUAUACCGAAAUAAAAAUAUUUACACUUUUCGAAUAAAUGACGCAUUCUAUUACAAAACUUUAUCUUGCGCUGUUGUUGAAAUGCUCUACAUGAAGUAAUUGGUCUGGAUUUGUGCCCCCUCUUGCGUGACAAAACGGGAUCCAAUACGGACAGGCAUUCCCACCUUUACGCGAAGGAAGAGCGUAGGGUAGAUCUGUCUCGCUUGUUUUUAUUUAUCGGUUAUUUAAAGGCCCAUUAUCUUUGUCGUUACGAGGACCACAGGGAGUAUGUUCGAAACAGGAGGACGAAUGGUAUGCACGAAGGAUCGGCAAAAUGGGAGACUCCCGAAAAACGAGAUGCUUACGGGUUAGUUUUUUCCAUCGCCAUUCUCUACUUUUCCAGGCAUUUCCCAUUUUCAUGUUUUUCUCAUGUGAGGCCAAUUUGGAGUGCUCGUUUACUUGGUAAUAGUUUCGGAAGCGAGGCAAAGGUUGGAGCGGUCCACUCAAUGUCAUCGCAAUAAAUAUGAGGGACGGAGUGAACGAAAUGGGCACCGGCCUAAUGUGCGAUAACGACACGUUGCACUUUUUGUAAUGGUGGCGAUGCUGUCGAUUUAUGGCACCGGUACAAGGGACAAAGAACAACGGAACAUCCAUUUGUGUCACAUUCCUUGCGUUAGGAAGGGGGGAAACCAAGACCAGCUACUUCUAGAUAUAUGGUCGUUCGUAGAGGGCCUAUAGUCAGCGACAGGUUAAGAAUGUAGUGGAAGCACCACGUACGAUCCACGUUCGUCGCCUUCUGCAAGGCUUUGGCUGCAUGCGCACCAAAGUGUUCUCAAAGGCGGAAAGCUUGCGCUGGAGGCGGAGCAUGUGCCGCAUUCUUAGUCCGUUGUCGACUCUAGGUUUGGUUGCAGGCAACGCUCGAAUCCCGUCUCGACGCACCCGAGUUCGAGAGACGAGCUCUCGGAACAGUCGGCACAAUUCCGGGUUUCGCGACGCCGGAGUAAUUGUGCGGUCUCUUGCAACAGGGUUCUCGAAUUUCGUUUUCUCAUUGUAUCGCCACGAGGCACGCCUCGCGCCACCGUCCCACGUUGCGGUUUGGGCGACCGGCCGACAAUCCAGACGCGCAUUUGCCGGCGCCACGGUCCUGCCCGACCUCUUGUUCCCCCGCCCCCUCCUUGCGUCGUCGUGGCUACCUUCCGGGCACAGCUACCGCUGCGCGAAGAUGUGGAAAGAAAAAGAAAAAGAAAACAACUUCCCUUUGUGUUGUCAUUGUUGGCAAGUGAGUGAGACCAGUGUCGUGUACGCCUCUUUUCCCCCUUUGUGUUUUCGAAAGACCAAGAGUGGGGCAGUAAAGACUGGCAGUCUUGCGCCAAAA